CCUUUUUUCUUUUGCGGGGAAUCCCUCUCCGUCCUUCCACACCACAAACCGCGCCAUCGCUGGCAGGGCGCCAGACGGGUGCGAAGCGGCCACACACCACACCUCCUCCACAGCGCGCCGCGAGGCCAUGGAGCGUCGCCGGAGCCGCUCGCCGUCGGUGGCCGCCGCGGGAGCCCUUCUUCUCUGCCUUGGGAUGCUGCUGGUGCUCGUGACGCUGUUGCCGGCGGUGGAGGCGUCCACGGCGGACGGCUGCCCUGCCGGCGGCGAGUGGGCGAGCAAGCAGCAGGGGAGGAGUCGUGAUCGUCAUCAUCGGAAGCAUGAGGUGGCGGAGCAGCUGUGGGUGUUCGGCGACUCGUACGCGGACACGGGCAACCUGGGGAACCUGGGGCGGGAGCUGACCCACGCCUGGUACGACCCCUACGGCAAGACCUUCCCGCGCCGCCCCGCCGGCCGCUUCUCCGACGGCCGCGUCCUCACCGACUUCGUCGCUUCGGCGCUGGGGAUGCGGACGCCGGUGGCCUACAAGGCACGGCGGCACGCGUCGCCGGAGACCCUGGCGCGCGGCAUGAACUUCGCCGUCGGCGGCGCCGGCGUGCUCGACACCGGCAACUUCCAGCGCAACAUCAGCGCCCAGAUCGACCUCUUCCAGGCCAUGCACAACUGCCAGCAGCGGGGCUGCAGCAAGCGGACGGCGCUCGUCGUCGUCUCCGGCAACGACUACGCCUACGCCGCCGACAAGGACAACGGCACCAGCGCGGCGAUCGCGUACAUCCCGACGGUGGUGCGGGAGCUCCGGGAGCAGCUCCGGCGGCUGCGCGACGAGACGGGGAUGCGCAGGGUGGUGGUGACCAACCUGCACCCCAUGGGCUGCACGCCGACAUUCACCCGCCUGCUCAACUACACCGGCUGCGACCCGCUGGCCAACGCCGGCGCCGCCCAGCACAACGCCGCACUCCGGUCGGUCCUCAGCGCCCUCGACCCCAACAACCGCACCUUCCUCCUCCUCGACGUCCACACCCCCUUCGCCGCAUUCCUCCUCGACGACAGCAAUGGUGACAGUGACAAGAAGAGGUUCAAGAGCACGCUGCGGCCGUGCUGCGAGAGCUUCCGCCCCGACGGCUACUGCGGCGAGGAGGACGAGAACGGCACGCGGCAGUACACCCUAUGCGACGACGCCGGCCGCUAUUUCUACUGGGACGACGUGCACCCGACGCAGGCCGCCUGGGCCGCCGUGGCGCGCACCUUCAGGGCCGCCGUCAAGAGCUUCCUCUCCGUCUGACCUGACAUGAAACGAAGAUGGCCAUAUUAUGAUGCAUCGCCAGCAGUCCCGACUAACCAACACGUAACAUGCCCUUAAAAGGCAGCAACUGACCAACUGAAGCUAGCUUUUUUACUGUUGUUUAUUGGAAACAUCAAUUUUUCUCCGGCUGUCGCGAUGCGACAAACAAACAAACAACGUGUCUGCUAAUUCUCGGGUGCUUGGGAAUUUUGGAAGUGUCAGUCGUUUGUUGCAGGGAUUUUUUUGAUGUUUUUCAUAUA